UUGUUCCUGUCGCGACCAACAUGGCGGCGGAUGCAGACGGUAGUAAAUAUUUUGUGAGAGAAAUUGAGAAAAACAACGGUUGUGCCUUGAAACUGAAACAGUGCUACUUAGGGGAUGUUGGUUGUGUGGUUUGGGAUGCAGCCAUCGUUCUUGCGAAAUAUUUAGAGACGAAACAAUUUUAUGAUCCGUCCAGAGGAGUGAACGUGUGGGCCGGCAGGAGUGUGGUGGAGUUGGGAGCUGGAACAGGAGUAGUCGGUCUGAUGGCAGCAACACUGGGAGCUCAAGUCACUGUGACAGACCUGGAGGAUUUGCAGACCCUCCUCAGGGUGAACAUCCAGGAAAACCAGGCACUUAUCAGUAGUGGAUCCAUAACUGCCAAGGUACUGAAAUGGGGUGAAGAUGUGUCUGAGUUCUUGCCUCCCCCACAUUAUGUCCUUAUGGCAGACUGCAUUUAUUAUGAGCAGUCAAUUGUUCCACUGGUGGAGAGCCUGAAGCUGCUCUCUGGACCAGAAACCUGCAUUAUUUGCUGCUAUGAACAGCGAACUGAGGGCGUCAACCCAAAAGUGGAAAGGCAGUUUUUUGAGUUGCUGAGAGAACACUUCAGCUGUGAGGAGAUCCCUACAGACAGACAGGACCCAGAGUUCAGCAGUCCAGACAUCCACAUCCUGCACAUCCGGAGGAAAGUCUAAGUUUGUCUAGUGAAAAUCAUGCAUACACUAAAUUAGUCCUCUAUGGUAAUAUCACAUGAAAAUCAGAUUGUGAAAUAGUGUGUAAAAUAUUCAGUGUAUCUUCAUGUCUGUAUUAUUCUUAAACAUUUUUAAAGUAAACUAUUUUGCAAUAAAAACUUCAGUAAAAAAAAAUUAAUAAUGAACCCAUUGUAAGAAGUAUUUUUUAAUGUACUAAAUCCACUGUAAAUCAUAUCAGCAGUUUGACUGGUCUGUGUAAUUGCAGGACUGUGAAGGUGCAGUAGAUGGCAGCCAUGUAGCCCAUGUGCAGGCACAGACAAUAGAAUGUGAUUAUGUUUGGUAGAAAUGAAUCGUUAAAGCUACAGUCAUCACAAACAGAGACCAGACAGGGACUGAACCAUAGUUUCUUUGUGUUCUUUGUGUCGAGCUUGAGGAUUAGCCUUGCAAAUGUUUGUGAUUUUUUUGUAUUUAUGCAAAACACAGUGAGAUGAGAACAUCUAGAGUUUGCACCUCUGCAAGAGACCUGCAGAUAUGAGACAUGAAACUAUGCCUCUGUUCUUGAGCACUGCAAUUUUUUCUGCCAUGCAUGAUACAACACGCAUUGCUUAGUGGGUUAUUACAUUAAGAUGAUAUGCACAGUUAUGUGUUUAUUAAGAAAUUUUGAACAUAAGGCCACAUUUUCUCCUUUAGACCCACGUACUCCAAUAACUACUGACAGUCAUAAGUUGCUGUCAGUGGUUUUCACUGUAACCUACAGGAUUUCCUCUAAUUGUGAAUAAGAUAUGUAAAUUGCCCAUUCAGACCACUAGGGGGCAACAGUUGCUUAAAAUCCCCCCCAAAAAAGUAUUUUACUGUGUCUAAAUGUUUAGUCUGUGCAAUAAAACUGUAAUCAGAUUAUUAA